AUGUCUGAUAAACCCGGUAUGGCCGAGAUUGAGAAAUUUGAUAAGUCGAAACUGAAGAAGACAGAAACGCAAGAGAAAAUUCCACUGCCUUCCAAAGAAACGAUUGAUAGGAGAAACAAGCAGGUAAAUUGCCGAGACAUUCUGGGGGAGAGGGCCCAGCCACCCUGGUGUCCUACAGCCUCCCUGCUCAGUGUGUGA